CUGGGCUCUGGUGGCUGUAUAUACAGUACUAUAUAUGUUUAGUUAGUUAUGUUAUGUUAGUCCAGGCGUGCGAAUGAAGUUCACCUUCAGUUCAUCGGAUAGAUAGGGCUAUCCUUGAGAUUAGGACUCUCUCUCUCUCUCUCUCUCUCUCUCUCUCUCUCUCUCUCUCUCUCCCUUAUCUCUCUCACACUGUAUGUAUGGUAUUAUUCCUAAUCACGAGGAUAGUUAGGUCCGCCGCACACAUACUAACAUUAACUACCAGUUCCUAACACACACCAAUUACACCAAUACAUACCGACACAUCCAUCAUACCAUGUCUUCACGUAUGUCCCGCCGGUUCUACCGAUUGGAUACUAUGCCGGCCACCGGUGGCCAGGGCUAUCUGGAUAAGGGUGCGUCGGCACAGUUAGAAAAUAAAUGGGUAUUCGAAGUGGCCUGGGAGGUAGUCAAUAAAGUGGGCGGCAUAUACACUGUUAUACGUACUAAAGCACAGGUAACCAGCGAGGAACUGGGCGACCAGUACGUACUGGUCGGACCAUAUAAUGAACAGUAUGCCCGAACUGAGGUCGAAAUAGAGGAACCGCAGGACUAUGCCUUUAAGGGUGCUAUCGAUACGUUGAAAAACUACGGGAUUCGGGUAAUCUAUGGCCACUGGCUUAUCGAAGGCUAUCCGACUGUCCUAUUGUUUGAUAUAGGGUCCGCUUCAUGGAAACUGGAUGAAUGGAAACACGAUUUCUGGAACGUUACUAAUAUCGGUAUACCCCAAUUGGACCGGGAGUGUAACGAUACCCUAAUAUUUGGUUACGCCUUCACCUGGUUUUUGGAAGAGUUUUACAAACGUAUUGAAGAAGAGAGAGGUCGACCGCAAAUUGUUGUCCAAUUUCACGAAUGGCUGGCCGGUGUUGGCCUGAUAUUGUGCCGUACCCGGCAUCUGGAUGUGGCCACUGUUUUUACGACUCACGCAACGCUGUUGGGCCGGCAUUUGUGUGCCGGUAAUGUCGAUUUCUAUAACAAUCUCGAUAAGUUCCAAUUGGACAAGGAGGCCGGUGAUCGGCAAAUCUAUCACAGAUACUGUAUGGAAAGGGCUGCGGCCAAUGCUGCCCAUGUAUUCACUACCGUUUCGGACAUAACUGGCCUCGAAUCGGAGCACCUGCUGAAACGUAAACCCGAUAUAAUUACACCGAACGGGUUGAAUGUUAAAAAAUUUUCGGCCCUACAUGAAUUUCAAAAUCUACAUGCCCGAUCCAAAGAGAAACUACACCAAUUUAUCCGGGGUCAUUUCUAUGGUCAUUAUGAUUUUGAUCUGGAUAAGACAUUGUAUUUUUUUAUAGCCGGACGCUAUGAGUUCAGUAAUAAAGGUGCCGACUUGUUCAUCGAAUCCCUGGCCCGAUUGAACCAUUAUCUUAAGUCAACCGGCAGCGAUAUGACUGUCGUAGCCUUCCUUAUAUUUCCGGCCAAAACCAACAAUUUCAAUGUCGACUCAUUGCGCGGUCAGGCCAUUGCCAAACAGCUCCGGGAUACCAUCGAUGAUGUCAAAAAUAAUAUUGGCAAAAAAAUGUUUGAACAAUGUUUAAGUGGACAUAUACCCGAAUCGGCCGGUCUAUUGGAUCCGGACGAUAUAGUCAAACUGAAACGUUGUAUAUACGCUGCCCAACGUACAGCCCUACCCCCAGUGAUCACACACAAUAUGAUUGACGACUCCAGCGACCCGAUACUGGCCUCAAUACGCCGGUGUCAUCUAUUCAACAAUCGUGAAGAUCGGGUAAAAGUUAUAUUUCAUCCCGAGUUUCUGUCCUCGACAUCGCCGCUCAUACCUAUCGAUUACGACGAUUUUGUCCGCGGCUGUCAUUUGGGUAUAUUUCCAUCGUAUUACGAACCAUGGGGUUAUACCCCAGCCGAAUGUACCGUAAUGGGUAUACCAUCGUUGACCUCUAACCUGUCCGGGUUCGGGUGUUUCAUACAGGAACACGUUGCCGACCCGAUGAGCUACGGUAUCUAUAUUGUCGAUCGCCGAUAUAAGAGUGCCGAGGAAAGCAUACAACAGUUGGCCCAAUACAUGUACGACUUUGCCUGCCUGUCCCGUCGCCAGCGUAUUAUACAACGUAAUCGUACGGAACGGCUAAGCGAUUUGCUUGACUGGAAAAAUCUAGGAAUUUACUAUCGUAAGGCCCGACAGUUGGCAUUGCAUAGACUACGACCGGAAAUAGCGGCCGACGAGUACGAGGAGACGGUUCGGGUACGCUAUCCGCGACCGUUUAGCGAACCGCCGACACCGUCGACCAGUAGGGGUGCAUCGCCUACCAGUUCGCGGGCGACCAGCGAUGAUGAGGGGGAGGACGAGGACGAGGACGGGUCGGUCGCUGGCGAUGGCGAUGACGAUGAGGCUAACGAUUCGCACGACUCGGACACUGAACGCCAGAUAUUGACUAAUCCCGAGACUGAGUGACCAGUAAUGAUGUUAACGGGGGAGUAGUAGUAGUAGUAGUAGUGAUCGGGACAGUCGUUGAAUUGUCAUGACAUACAUACACACACACCCACACACACCACUACCUAACUGUCCUCUCUAUCCCACUAUCUAUCUAUCUCUCUAUCAAUUAGUCUAUUAUUAUUAGUUGAAUUAAUUAAUUGAAUUUUUGAAAUUAUUUGUCACAAAAUUAUAAUAAUAAUAAUUAUUAU